AUGGCAGUCGUCGAACAGCCACUGGGAAAGCGUGGAACUUUAACAAAAUACAACAAAAAGCCAACAGAUGGGAGUUACAGGGCAGGACCAGACUUCAACAUAACUGUUGAUGGGUGUUGGCAAUAUGAACUUGGCUCCUGGUUCAAUUUCGGCCCUAGAAUCUGCCUUCUUUCAUUCCUUUGCCCUUGCGUCGCGUUAGGAACUGUAAACGAGCAAAUUGGGAGAAAAGGCUGGCCUUACUGCGCUCUUUACUUUCUCAACCCUUUUUGCUGUGGAACUUGGGCAGUAACAGAUACGCGAUUCAAAUUCAUGAUGCGCUUCGGAAUUCUAGAUGAAGGACCAAUGCGAAACUUUUGCCUUGCAAUGUGGUGCACAAGCUGCGUUUUGAUUCAAAUGCUACAAGAAAUCGAGAACCAGAAGAACUCAUCUCCGCUCUACGCUGCGGAUGAUCCAGAAGUAAAAAUAUCAUCAUCGAAGGCAUGA